UACGAGGCAAAGUGGGGGGAGAGACAGACACGCACGGGGCCUAGUCGCCACAUCUUUUCAUGCGAAGAAGCUGUGCCGCUAAACCACCCGUUUUUGGUUUCCCUAAACAACUCCGGCCCGGGCCUCAGUCCGCGGUCUAGAGUUUGAUAGCGGGCUGUUAGAGACGGAAGCACGUCGGCUUACAGCUGCCAGCCAGCCCCGGUGUCCCAGCCACCAUCAUGGGAGACAGUAGAGAUUCUCGCAGUCCAGACAGUUCGUCUGUGUCCUCCCCUCCAUCGGGCCAGCGCUCGCCUCCACUGGUUCCCUCAGCGGCGGCUUCCAUGACCUCCCUGCCUCCCAUCACCACCACAGGAGUAAACAGCCCCAUCAGUAGCAUCGGCUCCCCCUUUUCCGUUAUCAGCUCUUCACUGGGCUCACCCUGCCUGCCAGGCACACCGUCAGUGGGUUACGGCCCAAUUAGCAGCCCCCAGAUCAACUCGACAGUGUCUAUGUCAGGACUCCAUGCAGUGAGCAGCUCUGACGACGUGAAACCUCCAUUGGGCUUGAAGCAGUUGUCAUCUCACAGCCCAGGGCCAAUGCUUUCCCAGAAACGCCUUUGUUCCAUCUGUGGAGACAGAUCCUCUGGUAAGCACUAUGGUGUAUACAGCUGUGAGGGCUGCAAAGGCUUCUUCAAGCGAACAGUGCGCAAAGACCUGACCUACACCUGUCGGGACAAUAAAGACUGUAUGGUGGACAAGAGACAGAGGAACCGCUGCCAGUACUGCCGCUACCAGAAGUGCCUGGCGAUGGGCAUGAAGAGAGAAGUGGCCAAGAUGAACGACAGAUCUGUCCAAGAGGAGCGGCAGAGGAACAAGGAUCGAGAAGGUGAGGUGGAGUCGACGAGUGCAGUGAACGAGGAGAUGCCAGUAGAGAAGAUUUUGGAAGCAGAGAUGGCUGUAGAGCAAAAGACAGAGCUUCAUGCAGAUGGAAGCUCAGGCGGCAGCUCUCCCAACGAUCCUGUCACCAACAUCUGUCAGGCAGCAGACAAGCAGCUCUUCACCCUGGUGGAGUGGGCCAAGAGGAUCCCUCACUUCUCUGAGCUGCCACUGGACGAUCAGGUCAUCUUGCUACGUGCAGGCUGGAAUGAACUCCUGAUCGCAUCGUUCUCCCAUCGCUCCAUCUCGGUGAAGGAUGGGAUUUUACUGGCCACUGGUCUGCAUGUCCACAGGAACAGUGCCCACAGUGCAGGUGUUGGAGCCAUCUUUGACAGGGCGCACAAUGCCGAGGUUGGGGCCAUAUUUGACAGGGUUUUGACAGAGCUCGUAAGCAAGAUGAGAGACAUGCAAAUGGACAAGACAGAGCUGGGCUGCCUUCGAGCAAUCAUCCUAUUCAACCCUGAUGCCAAGGGUUUGUCCAACCCCAGCGAGGUGGAGCUCCUGAGAGAGAGGGUGUAUGCAUCUCUUGAGGCUUACUGCAAACAGAAAUACCCCGAUCAACAGGGCAGGUUUGCAAAGCUCCUCCUCAGGCUCCCAGCACUGCGCUCCAUUGGUCUAAAGUGCCUGGAGCACCUGUUCUUCUUUAAACUGAUUGGUGAUACGCCCAUUGACACCUUCCUGAUGGAGAUGCUAGAGGCACCACACCAGCUCACCUAGAGGAGCCAGGUUCGGUCCAGUCAGGAUCCGAUGCACACCAGGAUUACCGACACGGCCCUCUGUGUUGGUCAUUGGCUCUUCUUGGGCCUCACUUAACUGCAGCACCUGCUGGUUUUUAAUGUACCAGCUAUCACACGUAUACACACACACAAAAACACAUAUAUUCUGACAUUGUGGUUAAUUAUCUUCACACACACACACACACACACACACACAGAUGCAGAUUCUUGAAAUUGCAUACAUAAAUUGACAUACAGUAUAAUUAAUACACACAUAUUAUGGCUUGGCAUGAACAGUGUGCUGAUAAACACAAACACAGAUACAUACAUUUUCAUCAUCUUUUUCCCGUACUCAGUUUUCCACCACAGGGGUUAUGACUCAAAGAAUAUAUCCCCUUUUAUCACACAUAUACAGUAAAUGUCUUAAUUUUAAGUUAGCCUUCAGUUUUCACAUCUUCAUCUCGCAGUGGGUUUUUGCUUCUGCGUAACUGAUAUACUUCCCCUGUUUUCACUUGGGUUACUUACAGUUACUGCUAGCUGCACCUCUGUAUAUUAUAUCCAUCACUAGCCGGUUAGUUAUUCAUGUAUGAUUUUAGCUUGAAAUCAGGUGCAUAGCAUUUCAAUCAACUGUCCACCAUCAAAGAAAUUCACUUCUUAUUGUCAGGAGGUGUCCUGUAAUGGACAGGCAAACACACCCUCCCAGUGAGUUCAUCCAAUCUCAUAAACAUGAAAUGUUUUAUGCUUUUUGAAUAUUCAUGCUGAAACUUGUUUGAGUUUCUAUUUUGAAGUACUGUACUCAUGAAAUGAGAGCUUUUUCCAAGGCAUUGAAAUCCAGGAAAAGGGGGCUGGGAGCACUUUGUUGAACAGACAAGCUUAGUCCCUCCCACCCUGAUGCGCACAGCGGGCUUUGUAAGACAAGAAGAAUGACUUGAAUUUUUUUUUUUUUUUUUUUAGUUUUGAUUUAAUCCUUUUCUCUACUUUGGCAGAUGGUUGGCAUUUUAAACAGCUUGAGGCUCACAGGAAGUACAGCUUCAUGCAAAAAAAAAAAAGAAAAAAAAGUAUUUGUUUCACUUUUAUCUCCUAUUUCCCCAAAUCCUCCAUUUUCUGGUGGUCAUUUAUGCACUUUUGUGAGUUGUAACUGUGUAAAUGUUCCUGUUUCCUAGAAAUGACCAUCUGUUCUCAGACACCUAAGAUGAAUUUGAAGGUACUAUGUGUAGGGUUUUCUCAUUAUUGCAUCAUUUUCCAAUCAGAUGUGAUGAUUUGUUAUAGAACGUGCUAAAAUAUUUGGUCACUUCCUGUACAGAUGAUAACCAGUUUGACUGGUGAUAGUUUUAUUAGUCUGGCCUAACAUCUAGCACAGCGGAACAUCUCUUACUCUUGACAAGUCGCUCUUUAUUUAAAAAAAAAAAAAAUCAUUUUAUUAACUAUCUAUUGGCCAUGAAAGAGGAAAAUCAUUUUCUGUGCUCUCUGAACAAUUCUGCAUAUAAUUGGACAGCCUGUAUCUGAGUCGUGCAGCCCACUGUUCAGGGAGACUGUUGAGUAAAUAAAUAAGUGACGUUUGACUCCUCUACCCAGAAGUUACUGAAGCGUCCUUGCACAGUAUGUUGGAGAGACGUUGCUCUGCUGUUCUCUAUCUGAAUGCAAAAAUUUGCUGCAACACGAAUAACAGCAGCAGAAGUGGGAAACAUAAAUACCAAAUGACACAAACUGACACUGACAAAAAAAGGCAGCACUUCACAUGGUAGUUAGUCAGCGUCACGUUUGGCCUAUUUGCAGUAUUUUUACGUCCCACCGCUCAUGGAUGGAUCAGUGCUACAAAUGGCCGUGUGUCAAGUUGCUGGAAUGCAAUAAUGAAAUGAAUUAGUGCUACAUAAUGGAAAUCCUACACCUACUACCUGCAGCUUUGGAAACUUUAAUCAGUGUGUAUUGACUCAGUGCUUGCGACUUUUGUACAGUAGAUGUAAAUAAUACAAAAAACACAGGAGUCAUGGAGAAACAAAGGCCUGUUCACACUUGAGAAAGCGAAAUACGUGGCUCCAACAAACAAAUUUUAAAGCUCUAUUUUUUGCUGUUGAAUCAACAUUGGACUUGCCUCCCAUGUGAUGACAUCACCAUGAAACUGUUUUUGAGCCCAGGGCCAAACCACACCUCAUUGCUGCUUUUGCACCAACUUCUGCCAAUGUUUCCUGUUGUUCUUGGUAAUUGAUCGGCUGGAUUUUGUUGACAAUGGCACUUGACAUUUACUGUGAUUGAAAUUUGUGAGUAACUGAAUCUAAGCAUUGCAGUGAAACGUCAAAUGCAGCUACCACAUGAUCAGGAGAUACAAAGCAAACUAUGAAUUAUGCCGUCUACACAUGCUCAAAGUAGAGCAAUACUGGGGUACACAUAAAGUUUUACUACCAUUUUUGUUAGGAGAGUAUUUAAAAGAGUGUUGGCAUUCUAAGGUAUACUUAGCCUUCUUGUUAGACACCACAUUUAAUAGAAAUCAGAAACACAUUUUACAGUAUCAUUCUACAGGGAGGAGGAGGUACAGCUGUCCUCUACCAGGUGCUAAAUAACUAAUAUGGUCUUUUAGUUUAAGAUUUGCACAUUUACAUCAAUGCAAACACAGUAUGCAAGUACACAGACAAAUCAGACAGCCUUUCUCCACUCUCGCUUAAAAUGUCCAUUUUUAUCUUGGAUUUUUUUUCCCUCAUUAUUUUAUGACCCCUGCCUUUAUUGCAGACUCCCAGCUAUGGAAAAUUAAUACCAGCUAAGUGCUUGUGCUUUUUGGCUGUGGCUGAUAAGACUUUGUACUCUACCAGACACAGCCAGAGUCUUUUGUAUUAUAGAAAGCAGUUACGCUGGUGGAAGCAAUGAAAGUAGCUGUUGAAUUUUGGGGUCUGCCAGCUCCUUUGACCAGUGAGCAAUGAGCUUCCUGCCCUGCAGAUAGUCCAAAUACCUCUUCUCAGAGAGGACCCUUGGCCUCCCCCAUGUUAUGUGGUUAUAGAGGCAGGCAGUUGACCUGUAUGACAGGUGCUUUGUUUAACAUGUAACUAAGUUGGUCUAACCUCAGAGUUUGGUGUCUCAGUUUUUCUCCAUCCUCGUAUACGUACGGCCAGCUCAACAAAAGUAGUCUCCAGAUGUCCAUUAAUUUCCCUGUUGCAGAGAAAAGCCAGCCCCUUGUGCACCAUUGCUGACUCAUUUUGUUGGAAAAGGUAGAUGGUGGCAAGCUUAUGAUUUAGGUGAGAAGAACCGACAUCUGCCAGAAUUCGUGCACUGUAUUUGCUGUCGUGUAGUCUCAGUGCUUUAAAGGCUUGCGUUUGCUGCAGAUGAGCUAAGAGCAUUUUGAGACAUGAGUGAGAAUGGUUCUGCAGCCACUGGGCUUCCAGUUCUGUGAUCUGGAUUACAGUUUGGCUGGUCUAAGACAGUUGGGCUAUGGAAGUAGGUUUGUGAGUGCAACCCAAAAUGAGCUUUUUUUUUUUUUUUUUUUCUGAAGUCCCUCGGAAAAAGCUGAUUUUAGGAUGUGUGCUUGUGUGAAUAGUCUCUGGUUGGUUGAUCACUCACAGACUUUCUCUGCAGGAUUUUAGUUUUUGGAGCUUCCUCUGUUGAAUGUUUAAGCCUGCUGCUACUGCACCGUUUUUAUAACUGGGGAUGGGAAUAACUAUACAGUCAGUCUUGUGCUGGAGGGUCCGCUUGUUGACAUUAAAGACGAGUCACACACACACAUCUGACUUAGCAGAUAUCAUUCUUUGUUAAUUCUUCUAAAAGUCAAAAUAUGCAACUUGUAUAUUCAUAUUGUGGUAACAUGGUUCAACAGUUUUCAUGCAGUAUAUGCAUUGUGUUUCUGGCAUUUGUAAACUUAGCUUAGUCUGUUACAUAAGUUUAUAUUAAUUGGCAAUGAAAUCAUUUAGAAUUCCCAUCCCUACAUUAAAACAGCUGUGUAUUUAAGUUUAUGCCUUUUCCGUAUUUCUCUGCGUUUUGCUAUGAGCUUAGCAUUUAGAAGAUGAUGAACGGAUACAGUGAAAAAAGCUAUACAGUCAGUGCAGGUUUCCUAUGCUAAAGCCACCUCAAGCUUUGCUCAUAAGACAACCAGUUUUUGCAAAAGCUGGUUGGAUAUUUCAGUUUUUUUUAGCAUCUGUUGUAGGAUAUGUGUGUGUUUUUGUGCACAUGUUUAUGGAAUCUGUCUGCAGCUGCGCCUUUUGACUGGCAGACACUGUAGCUUUGGCUGUGAGCUGCUCAGCGCUAUUAAAUACAUUGGGUGAGCAAAAAUAAUGAAAGGGUGCAGGAAAAGGAGCCGGGCUAGAGGGGCGAUUAACUGGCUUAUUGAGCUGAUGCUUUAUUAAUACAACCCAGCCUCUGUCCUUCCUUUACUUUGCCCCGUCUUCACUGCUUUACUUUGAAUUUAACAUAGCUUCUUCACUCACCCACGUGGGCUGAAAAUGACUGGGCUUUGCAUUGGAAUGGACUUGUAAAAUAAACCUACGAUUCUUGGACUGUUUGAAAAGGAUGUGAAGCUUCUUAUGAGACAAGUGUUGGAGAGCUGUAGAGAAGGGAUUCAGUGCUGUGUGUCCCUCUUUGCUUACUUUACUUGACGGCAGAGCUGCGACGACCCGUGGUCACCAUGGGAGACCGCGGAAUCGCACCGCCCACAAAUUUUUGUCGUUGCAACCGUGUGCACUCAAGGCAGACGCAUGCUGUGACCUUUUGACUGUGUAGCAGUAUUGUUGUCGCCCUCUUUGUUACAUUUUGAAAUUACUCGCUUUUUGAAAAUAAAGACAUUGAUUGAAUACGCUUUUUUUGAAAUGGAUCACAGGCUAUGACUGAAGAAUUGAUCAUCAUGUAUAGAUUAGACAUCAGGGUGGCGUUUUUACAGGCCUCCUGGAGCCAAGGCCCAUCCUGUUGUGAUCAUUGAGGCGCAGUGUGUGCUAUGCAGCCUUGAAACACCACCCUCACUGGUUUAUUUAUCACUGCCAAGCUGUUUGCGGCCGUUUUAAAUGCAGGGCCACUCAGUCCCCAGUGCUCGUCUGUCAUGUAUGUUGUGAUUAUUGUGCAGCACACUAAAGAGUGUGCACUAACCUUGGCCUGUGUAAUGCAUACUAAAGAGGGGCCCUAAUAGGAAUGGAAUGACAGCUCGUGUGGAGAGGGGAGGACUGGUCCCAGGAGAGAGAAGCAGACCAGUGUGUGGACUCCUCUGGGUGCUCAAGCUGUGCAUUGGUGCUUUUUAUAGGGUCCCACAGUCUGAAAACAUCUGCUUUGGUUUCUAAGCCACAGGUAAAUGCAUAUGAGUGACAUGAAAAUAAGGAAUGAUUUGACAGGGCUUGCCUGGCCUAGUCCUGGACCUGCUCUUCUUCAGUUGGAUUUGGUUGGGUACUUUUUGUGACCGGGUGUUUACUGUGUUAGAGUCCUAAUGUGGCUGGAUUUGGAUUCAGAGGCGCGUUGCUCCAAUUAUAGCGACGCUGUGCAAAGGCCACCGGAAAUCACAGGUUAGGGGACACCCCUCACCAGGACCUGGUUAUAUUGAAUGGACUUGGAGUGAACAUGUUUGCUCUUCUUAAGGAGGAGGUGGUUGCUGGUGUUAAAGGUUGGAGAAUUUGUGUAGGCUUGGUCAGAGAGAUUUAAAAAAAUAAGAGAGAGAGAAAAGAAGGGCAGGCACUUGAAGAACUCGGAUCAGGUGUUCAGUGAUUGACCGAGACGAAAAACAGAAAAACCUAUUUUCCAGUAGAUCUAGAAUCUUCCUUAAUUGUUUACUCUUCACUUUCACACAGUUUCUUUGUCUUGUUUCUUGUCUCCCUCUUCUCCAACUAUGCUAUUCAUCUUUUGUUUAUUACAAAGUAUUAAACAAAUACAAGAACUGUAAAAUCAGAAUGGAACCUGUCACUCUUAUUUUUAAUUUUUCUCUCUUUCUCUUGUGUCUGUUCUUUGUCCUGUUUGUAUCCGACUCCAUCAUACAUGUGGAGCUGAUUGACUAUUGUGUGCUUCGGGGAUUGAAAGAAGAAGAAGAAAAAAAAAAAAAGAAUAAUUUUUUCAGUCAUUAAUUCUGAAUCUUGUUUCUGUUUGUUGUAUCAUGUCCGAGUAAAGGUUUUAAUACUGUA